AUGAGUCUCUUUGGCACGCCGGCUGCUGGCGCGCCCAGCUCGGGCGGUGGACUUUUCGGCACUCCAAACACAAACACGGCGGCUGCCCCAGCAUCGACCUCGCUCUUCUCGGGCCUGGGGGGCCAGAACAAACCCGCUACCGGCGGUCUCUUUGGUGGAGCUGCUGCAUCAACGACUCCUGCUGCAUCCACGACCCAGCCCGCUUCGGGUGGCCUUUUUGGCGGCGCCACCAACACUCAGACGAACACGGCAGGCACUGGCGGUUUGUUUGGGGCCGCGAAUCCUAAUGCGACUUCGAACACGACUGGAAACACGGGCACCACGGGUGGACUUUUCGGUGGUGCCACCCCUGCUGCUCAACCUUCCACUGGAGGUGGACUAUUCGGUGGUCUAAACACUCAGAACAAGCCCGCCUCUGGUGGUGGCCUCUUUGGUAACAGUACAGCUCAGCCUCAAUCAAAUACCGGUGGCGGACUCGGAGGUGGACUCUUUGGCGCAGCUCCGGCAUCAAACCAGGCGCCUAGUACUGGUGCUCUUGGCCUUGCCGGUCUUUCCAACAACAACCAAGCAGGACAGAGCCUGCUCGGUCUCGGAGCCUCACAGAACCCCAAUGCCCAAUCGCAAGCCGCUCCAAUGGGCUAUUUUGAUAGUCUGCUGUCAAAGAGCAAGAAGCGUGCCGAAGGCGAGGCUCCAAACGACGAUCUCCCUACUCUCCAGCUGGGUCUGGGCGACCUGCGACAAAAGCUUAGAAAGCUUGGCCCACGAAGCACCGACCCUCUGCAGAGCGCCAGGGCUCAAUACACCCUCGCGGCCUCUGGCAUGGACCCGGGAGCCGCCGUUCGAGACCUCAACUACUUUGAUAUCCAAGCCGGCCGUGUCGAGCGGCCCAUCACAGGCCCUGCUGAGAUCGACGUCGACACAUACCUUGCCAACCUUCAACAAAAGACUACCCUUAGCAUGAUUGCUGACGGUCUAGAGCGUUCCGUUCGGGACUUUGACAACUUUCUCGAGGACAAUGUCACAGAAGAAUGGGAAGCACAGCGGAAACGAAUCUACGAGCAUUUUGGCAUCAAGCCCCGUGACAGCCCGACAGAUGCCCCCGGCGCACCGAGAGAGUCUCUCGGUGGAUUUGGUCGAUCCCGCAGAGGCAAAGCCGGCAAGUCGACGGUCGGUGGCGAGAAGAACAGUGUGUUUGGUCGAUCAAAUCUUCAAAAGUCUGUCAUUGGCACACCUAGCAAAAUUGGUCCUCACCAGGCCGAAUUUACCGACGUGGAGAACCAGAGCUCCAAGACAAAUGCCAUCAGUGGAAGCGGCUCGAUUGAUGACCGCUUUCUCCGGGAGAAGCAGGGCAAACUCGCAGAGCGCAUCAGGGAACUCAACAAUGCUCGUUUGCAGCAAAGGCCGUUCUCAAUUCUCCACGAGCUGAGCCAGGUUGAGAGUGCUUCAGGUGAUCGGCAUGCCCAGAAUUUGGUAGAUGCCUAUCAUGCCGUCAUGUGCAUGACAGGGGAAGACCCAGAUGCCGAAUCUUUUGCCGAGAACUCCACAGCCAGAGAACGACAGUUCCAGAAGAUGUAUCUAGAUUUGCAAAGUAACUCGCCCAGCUCCAUCCAAUGGCGCAAGAGAGUUUUGAAGGGCUCGAAUGAGUUCUUGGAGAAGAAGUUCUUUGACGAGGUCGAGGCUCUGAUCACCAAAUACCCCCGAGAGGCCAACCUUGGUGGUCGUCCGGAUGUUGUGAGCAAGAUCAAAGCAUAUGUGCGACUGCGGCAGAACCGAAAGGACCUUGUGCCCGACAAUACGCAGCUUCAAGAGGUCAACAAGGAGUACGUCUGGGCACUGGUGUACUAUCUCUUGCGUUCUGGUCACGUUACAGAGGCCGCGGAGUAUGUUAAGGAGCAUGCUACCACGUUCCGCAGCAUUGACAGAACCUUUUCCUCAUACUUGCUGGAGUAUGCAUCAAGCGAAGACCGCCGUCUUCGAAGACAAUUACAGGAGCGCUGCAACAACGAAUACACGCAACGUGUUCGAAAUGCCCCCGAAAACAGCAUCGACCCAUUCAGAAUGGCUUGUUAUAAGAUUGUUGGGCGCUGUGAGGUUGCAAAUCGCAACCUUGAGGGACUAAACACGGACAUCUACGAUUGGAUCUGGCUUCAGUUCAACCUCGCUAGAGAGAAUGACAAACUGACCGAGAUGGCUGGCGAAUCAUACACACUGGCCAAUCUGCAGGAGACCAUUCGGGAGAUUGUCCUCAGGCACUUCCCCAAGUCACCAGCCGAUGACUCCAACGGACAGUUUGGCAUGUCGUUCUUCCUUCAGAUUCUGGCGGGCAUGUUCGAGCAAGCUAUUGCAUACCUAUACCCCUUUUCUUACGUUGAUGCUAUUCACUUUGCGAUUGGUCUCGAGUUCUACGGUCUCCUACGUCCUUCCGACUCGUGGGGCAACGCCAACGAGCUUCUCACCUACAACACGAGAUCGCAACCCCAGAUCAGCUUUGGAAGAAUGCUCGGAUAUUACACAAGGGACUUCCGGGCAGCGGAUGUGGCUUCAGCCGUUGAUUACUUUACCUUGAUCUGUCUCAACGCCGACUUGGAAGGCGAGGCUGGAAGAUCGCAAGUCGAGCUUUGUCACUUGGCACUACGUGAGCUUGUCCUCGAGACACGGGAGUUCAGCAAGUUGAUUGGUGAUAUCCGCCCUGAUGGUCACCGUAUCACUGGAUUGGUCGAAGAGCGUGGCCCUCUGAUCGGUCUGAGGGAAGAAGACGACUUUAUCAAGGCUGUGACACUCCAAGCUGCUAGAUACGCAGAUGAGAACGGACGCACGACGGAUGCGGUUCUCCUCUAUCACCUCGCAGGCGACUACGACAGCGUCGUCACCAUUGUCAGCCGCGCGCUUAGUGAAGCGAUCUCGCUCGACAUAGGAGAAGACCCGAUGCGUCUGCAACCAGUCAAACCCCGAGCCGCCGGUAAGGACGAUGUACAGACAGGCAGCAGUCUUAGUCUCGCUGCCAUUGAUGACCCGAUAGACCUCGCCAGGACAAUGAUGUCCAUGUACGAGAAGGACGCCAUGUUCUACACCAAGAUCCAGGAUCAGAACCGCAGCGCAUGCCACCUUUUGUUACAGAUGAGCGAGAUCAAGGGCAUGGUUGAGGCUAACCAGUGGCCAGAAAGCUUGGACAAAAUCCAAGCACUUCAGAUUCUGCCAUUGGAUGCACGUGGUGACCCCAGCAUAAUCCGCCAAUACGCGUCCAAAUUCGCCGGGCUAUCUCAGCCAGUGGCCAUCAACAUACCCAACCUGCUGAUGUGGACAAUCACGUGCUGCAUGAACCAGAGGGAGAGGCUGUUGAGCGGACAGUACAGCGGUAACGAGGGCACGCGGCGCAUCAUGGUGGACAAUCUCAAGCAGAUCAGCAUGGACUUGACGACGUACACCAGUCAGCUCAAGUACCGGUUCCCACCGCACUUGCACCAAGCUCUGGCUAGAGCUUCGGCUGAUUAG